AUGCACUUCAGGUUAAAAAAAAUGGUUUUCAAAAGAUUUUAUUCACAACAACGACAACCAGUUUCACCGCAUGCUUUGAUUUAUAGAGUUUGGGCAAAACCUGUUGGCAAAGCAUUGUUUUUAAGCUUAUCUACGUAUUACUCGUUAUAUUAUUUAAGAGAAUUUUUAGAUGAUAGUAAUAUCACCAACUCAACAAGAAGUAAUUAA